AAAUAAGCAGAGUGCGAAAGGACAUGUAUACUGAUUCAAUGAAUGGCCUUGUAGAAAAUAUGCCAAUACAUCUACCGGAGCCCUCAGGAGCUAUCUUACAGUUACAAGAGAAACUGUUUGUGCCUGUGAAGGAAUAUCCUGAUUUUAACUUCGUUGGCAGAAUCCUUGGCCCCAGAGGGCUCACAGCAAAACAACUGGAAGCAGAAACUGGCUGCAAAAUAAUGGUCAGAGGGAAAAGUUCAAUGCGGGAUAAAAAGAAGGAGGAACAGAAUCGAGGCAAGCCAAACUGGGAGCACCUAAAUGAAGAGCUCCAUGUAUUAAUAACUGUUGAAGACACACAAAACCGAGCAGAAGCGAAGUUGCGGAGAGCUGUCGAAGAGGUUAAAAAACUACUUGUGCCUGCUGCUGAAGGUGAAGACAAUUUGAAGAAGAUGCAACUGAUGGAAUUAGCUAUUCUUAAUGGGACCUACAGAGAUGCCAAUAUCAGACCACCUACCCUUGCCUUUUCUUUUGCAGCAACGCCGCAGGGUCCGCGGCUGAUCACUGCACCAGGUGCCCCUAUGCUUCCUCCAGCAACCUUGCGUGCCUCCACGCCAGCUGGUCCUGCCAUAAUGAAUAUAAUUAGGCCAAUCCAGACAACUGCAGUUAUGCCUAAUGGAACCCCUCAUCCAUCUGCCUUAGUACCACCUUCACCAGAGGCUGGUAUAAUCUACACAGCACCCUAUGAUUACCCAUAUGCUCUGGCACCAACUGCAUCUCUCCUGGAGUAUCCAAUGGAAGCUAGUAGUGUUCUAGGUGCGAUGGCAACUAAAGUUCGGAGGCAUGAUUCGCGUGUCCAUCCUUACCAAAGGAUUGUGACCGCAGACAGAGAGCUUCAGGGCUGGAUGAAUCCAGUUGUCCUGGGUCCUGGACCCUACAAAAAUCUGGCAGGACCACAACCUCCUUUCAAAUUUUACGAGGCCAAAGGAUCACCAUCUCAACAAUACUCACUGCCACAGGCAACUAACCCAUGACUUUGACCUCUGAACUCUUCGCCCAAUGAUGACCUGACCAUGCCUGCCUGCUGAUCAGUUAACUGGUUAUCGCCUACGCUUGCCUGUCUCAAUGCAGCAAGCUGCGGCACUGUCUGUUCGUCUUGUUACCUAACAGCGUUUUUUAAAAAAAAGUUCCAGCCACCGCUUUUCUGGUUGGGUGAAUGUGUGGUGCCAGAACCUGCACUGAAUAAUACUAAAGCAAUAAGUCCAGUUCAUCCCUCACCACUGUUCCUCAGUGAUCGUCUCUUAAAGAUUCUGGCCAAUUAAUGGUAAGAAAGAUCUCAUUAACAAUACUGACGGGAUUGAGCUCUGUACAGGAGGUUGCCAAGGACAUUUGUGAUGGAAAUCUGAUUUAAUUUACGUUGUAGUUACAAAAUCUUUGAAUGCAUUUGUUAUGAUACAUUAUGGAUGAACCUUGGGUCAAGUUUAUUGGGGAAGAGUUCAACACCAUCAUUACAAAGUAAUAUUAACCUCUGUGGUCCGGAACAAAAAGAUUUAAACAAUCUUGUGUACAGUACCUUAGGUUUUUUUUGUAGGGACAAUUUGUGAAAUUCAUUUCUGACUGUUAUUUGAGUUGCAUCAGGACAAGAAUGCCGUUUAGUAUUACUAUACACUGAACAAAAUUUCUGGGUCAUGAUAACUGAGAAACAUAGAAAAAUGAAGCAAUGAAAAUUGGGGAAUGCAACUUGAUUUGGGGCGUGGUGAACAGGGGGUUGUAUUAAAGCAUAGCCUUCCCUCCAUGUCUUUCUGUCAGGGAGGCAGGAGUCUGGGAUGGUUUCCUGUUCACAGCUGCCGUGGAUAUAUUUCUGUUAAUGGACAUGCCAUUAGGUAUGGUAAGUGCCACAGAUAAGGGUUCAAGUUAGUUUCCAGCUUAAGACCAGCGAUUAAACCCUCACUGCCUCGAAAAUGUUUAGGCAAGUUGAGAUGUUCUUCAAAAUUGGGGGUUGAAACAGUCACUGAAUGGAAGUUCAGAGAUCUACUGCCAAUGUACUAGACCAUCCAGAUGCACCGAAACAUUGAUCUUUUCAAACAUGUACCUCAAGAGGUCACAUAUUACUUUUUCACCAUUGAAGCAUCUCUCGUUACCUAGUAAUUUACAUAUACGCAAUAGUUCAAAGGUGCCUGGCAUAUUUUUCCAAGUUUAUUUGUGCUAUUUAGUCUGGGCUUCCUACAUUUAUGUAAUAUGCUAGUUUGUUUGAGCAUCUGAGCUUGAUUCACUGAAGAGAACCAUCUAAGCACACCUUGACUGAGGUAUAUUCAUAAUGUGUCAUUGUUCUGGAUGCAAAAACGGUCUGUUUAAUUUUCUCCUAUUCGUAAAUACUUCAGAAGGAUGUGAAAGCCAUGCUUGCCUAUUCUAUUUGCUAUAUACAUGUUAUAAAAGUGUAGAUAAGUAUAGCGCAUUUAAACUACAGAGGAAAACUAGAUACUUUUACAGGGUGCUGGUGAAGAAAUAUAUAUUUUUGACAACUUAGCUUUUUAUACUUACUUGCAGUAACAAAUUUUUUCAAAAAACACAAAAAAGAAUUGAAAGUGAUUCUGGACGGUUGUGUAAGAAACUAAAGACCAAAACAGUAUCUAGGGUUUGAUGGGGUUGUGGGUGAGGAAUGAGCUAAGUAUAAAGAAAGAUAAAAGUGCCUUAUAUACACGCCUGGUCAUUUUGUAAUAGUCAACAUAUAUGGUUUGCUGAAUUAAUUCUGAUGCUUGCCAGCCCAUCAUCUAAGUGGGGUAAGGACAGAGCAUUGGCAAAAAAAAGUGUUCACGAAGGUAGAAUAGUAUGAGGACAGAUGUGUGUAAAGCUUCUAGUAAUAUUUACACUGUCUGCCCUAUCUGAAGAAUUCAGUUCAUUGGUUCUAUGCAACACAUAUAAUAUACAAAAUGACAUUUGUAUAGCGCCUUUCACAUGAGGAAGAUUUUUAAGUAGCUUGUAUCUUGUGCCACCAUCUGUGUCUUCCUGAUUUGUUUCUUAUAUACCCUUAAUUUUUUUUUCUCAUAGUGCCAUUUUUAUUGAUAAAAAGUGAAGCCUUUUGAGCAAACAAAAGAAUAAUGUUUUGUAAUGGCCACUUGCGAAAUUAAGGCCAGCUUGGCUUGGUUUUCGCUAAAUUGAUUAAUAAGGCAACAGACCAGCUGUUAUCACUAAACGACUACAAUGCUGCAGUGUUUGGCUUGAGAACAAAAAAAAAGCAUCAGAACAAUUUGAAAUUAUGAUCUUUUUUUAAAAAAAAAAUAUUUUUACUUGCUGCCCUUCAGGUUUUUUUUUUGUCGAGCCAUUGAGUUUAUAUAUAAUUAUAUAUAUAUACAUAUACACACUAUUCAUAAACUCAAUGUUUUGUCAGUGUUACUUUGUUGAAAAUUCUGAACAUUGAAAUCGAUUCCUUGACAGUAUUAUUGUACCCUCAGUUACAUUCAGAGCAUACAUAUAUAUAUACAUAUCGCUCUUAAGACACUGCUGUUACAGAAUGGUUGGUUGCAAAAGAAAUUACAUAUGCUGUGUACAAUAUUUUACAUAUUGCCUACACAUGUAUGAUAAUAUGAUUACCACCGUUGUUACAAGUUUAUAAUGUAUUUUUCUAUCUUCAUUUUUGUAUGUAUAUUCUAUGCCAUUUACAACUUGUUUCUGAAUUGAGGUCCCUGCAGUUUUGAUAGCCAGAAAACAUUGCAGAUUCAAAAUAAUAUCAUUGAGAGUGUUGCCUUUUCUGACUUGUUAACUCAUUAUCCAUUUAAUAAGUUUUCUUGUUACAAAUGUUUUUACAUGCUUGCGUUUUAUUUCAUGGUGUUGCUGUUUCUAUUAACCCUUGCAUUUAUUUUAAUAAACAUUAUAGUACAAAUCUACUAACUGCUGAUUAGUCUGUUUUAACCCUUACCGACAAAUGGACCACCUGGUUCACUGGUCUUAACACCUAUUUUUGAAGAGCGCGCGAAUUGCCCUCAAAAUAAACCGACCGGUUACACACACACGCACAAAAUAAACGCACUGGAAGCUGCUCCAAUUAUGUGCUGUAUUGUCUUGUUGACUGACUUGCACUGCGCUAUAAAACAAGCAACAGCUUUUGGUAAUGAUGUGGACCUUGGAGGAUGAGGUGUACCAUCCCUUUCAGUGUCGGGAACAACGUAACAUUUCUUUUGAGAUUCCUGUCCAGUCUUGUCUAUUGCCUACCAGCUACAGCACUUUGUCUGUGUACUAAUGUCAGACCUGACCUCUCUUCUUUUAACCAAUUUAGAAGGUAUUUGUUUGCAGAGGCACACGAGCAAUGAUAAGGGGGAGGGGGGCAGGGGGGAAUCAAUUGCACUGACUAGUUCAGUGUGUAACCAAGUUUGGUUCUAUGGGGGAGGGGGGGGGGGCAGAGAAAUUGAGGACUGUUUGCUAAUAAACUAAUCCUUGGGACUACUCAGUGUGUAAUCUGCUGUAAAUUAGCUUGUAAAACCCCCGAGUAUUUUGUACACACUUUAGCCUGUAUUAUAUUAUGUAAGAUGGGGUGGAGAGACAAAUUCAACACUGAAGAUUUCACAGAGUGCAUUAAAAUGUCUAGAAUUUAAAGGAAUAGCAGACAGUGUAGUGAGUUUCUGCCUGCAACUUUGAUGCAUAAAGUGAUGUUGUUUGGAAAUGUGUAUAUAUUAAUUAGUAUUUAUAGCUAAAAUUCAGAAUUCACUUGUAUGUAACUUCCUACCCAAAGGAGAUACUGUAUGCGUGCAAUAAAAUGACUGUUCAAACUGGAAUGUCUGUCUACAUCAAGUCACCAGCUUAAAACCAAUAUUUUUUUAUGAUGCAAAUUUUUGGAUCAUUAGCGGUAGAUUAACUAGUUGACUGUACAGGUAACUUGUGUCCUAUAUUCCAGGACAAUGUGGAAAUGACUGCUUUUUACACAAUGUUGUGCAAUAAAUAUCAAAGGAGA